UUAAGAAAGAGCUGAGGUUUCUGGAGAAUUCCUGGGUCAAGGCUGGCACUCCUGGUCGGUCCUUGCAGUGUCAUGCCAGCUGCGGCAUCGCUGGGUCUGAGGCAGGGUGACUGCGGUUGAACAGGCGGACCUCAGUCCCCAGCCUGUCAUCUUUGUGUCUCUUUAUGGGGGGAGGGGCCGUCUGACAUAGUUAUUAAACCUGGCAGCUGCGUUGGCGGCACCGCGGAGCAUUUUGAGUGAGCUUGCAGAAAAUGAGGGGCUUUGAGCUGGUCGCCUGCUAGUCACUUCUGGCUGCCUGAAAGGCGGCUCUCGGCGCUUGCUCGUCUUAGCGGUGGCGCGGGGAGUGCGCGCACUAUCCGAAGACAAUUGGAAACCAGCGUGCAGGGUCAAAGACAGCCGGCCUCCCAUGUCAGUGGUCUAGGAUGGCCAGUGAAGCCACCAACAUCCCAAGUCCUGUGGUGCGCCAGAUUGACAAGCAGUUUCUGAUUUGCAGUAUAUGCCUGGAACGGUACAAGAAUCCCAAGGUUCUCCCCUGUCUGCACACUUUCUGCGAGAGGUGCCUGCAGAACUACAUUCCCGCCCACAGUCUAACCCUCUCCUGCCCAGUGUGCCGCCAGACCUCCAUCCUGCCCGAGAAGGGGGUGGCCGCGCUCCAGAACAACUUCUUCAUCACGAACCUGAUGGACGUGCUGCAGCGAACUCCCGGCAGCAACGUUGAGGAGUCCUCCAUCCUGGAGACGGUCACCGCUGUGGCUGCCGGAAAGCCUCUCUCUUGCCCAAACCACGAUGGAAAUGUGAUGGACUUUUACUGCCAGUCUUGUGAGACCGCCAUGUGUCGAGAGUGCACUGAGGGGGAGCACGCAGAACACCCCACAGUCCCCCUCAAGGAUGUGGUAGAGCAACACAAGGCCUCACUCCAGGUCCAGUUGGAUGCCGUCAACAAAAGGCUCCCAGAAAUAGAUUCUGCCCUUCAGUUCAUCUCAGAAAUCAUUCAUCAGUUAACCAACCAAAAGGCCAGCAUUGUGGAUGACAUCCAUUCUACCUUUGAUGAGCUCCAGAAGACUUUAAAUGUGCGCAAGAGCGUGCUGCUUAUGGAACUGGAAGUCAACUAUGGCCUCAAACAUAAAGUCCUUCAGUCGCAGCUGGAUACCCUGCUCGAGGGGCAGGAGAACAUAAAGAGCUGCAGCAACUUCACCGCGCAGGCCCUGAACCAUGGCACGGAGACGGAGGUGCUGCUCGUGAAGAAGCAGAUGAGCGAGAAGCUGAACGAACUGGCCGACCAGGAUUUCCCGCUGCACCCGCGUGAAAAUGAUCAGCUGGAUUUCAUCGUGGAGACCGAAGGGCUCAAGAAGUCCAUCCACAACCUCGGGACGAUCUUAACCACCAACGCCGUCGCCUCCGAGACGGUGGCCACGGGCGAGGGGCUACGGCAGACCAUCAUCGGGCAGCCCAUGUCCGUUACCAUAACGACCAAGGACAAAGACGGGGAGCUGUGCAAGACCGGCAACGCCUACAUCACGGCGGAGCUGAGCACGCCCGACGGCAGCGUGGCGGACGGAGAAAUACUCGACAACAAAAACGGCACGUACGAGUUUUUGUACACUGUCCAGAAGGAAGGGGACUUUACCCUCUCUCUGCGACUCUACGACCAGCAUAUCCGAGGCAGCCCGUUCAAGCUGAAGGUGAUCCGGUCGGCCGACGUGUCUCCCACCACCGAGGGCGUGAAGAGGCGCGUUAAGUCCCCAGGGAGCGGCCAUGUCAAGCAGAAAGCGGUGAAGAGACCCGCGAGCAUGUACAGCACUGGGAAACGAAAAGAGAAUCCCAUCGAAGACGAUCUGAUCUUCCGAGUGGGUACCAAAGGGAGAAAUAAAGGAGAAUUUACAAAUCUUCAAGGGGUAGCUGCGUCUACAAGUGGAAAGAUAUUAAUUGCAGACAGCAACAACCAAUGUGUACAGAUAUUUUCCAAUGAUGGCCAGUUCAAAAGUCGGUUUGGCAUACGAGGACGCUCUCCCGGGCAGCUGCAGCGGCCCACAGGAGUAGCCGUGCAUCCCAGUGGGGACAUAAUCAUUGCAGACUAUGAUAAUAAGUGGGUUAGCAUUUUCUCUUCUGAUGGCAAGUUUAAGACAAAAAUCGGAUCAGGAAAGUUGAUGGGGCCCAAAGGAGUCUCGGUGGACCGCAACGGGCACAUCAUUGUGGUGGACAACAAGGCGUGCUGCGUGUUUAUUUUCCAGCCAAAUGGGAAAAUAGUCACCAGGUUUGGUAGCCGAGGAAAUGGGGACAGGCAGUUUGCAGGUACACUCGAUGGUCCCCAUUUUGCAGCUGUAAAUAGCAAUAAUGAGAUUAUUGUUACAGAUUUCCAUAAUCAUUCUGUCAAGGUGUUUAAUCAGGAGGGAGAAUUCAUGUUGAAGUUUGGCUCAAAUGGAGAAGGAAAUGGGCAGUUUAAUGCUCCAACAGGUGUAGCAGUGGAUUCAAAUGGAAACAUCAUUGUAGCAGAUUGGGGAAACAGCAGGAUCCAGGUUUUUGAUGGAAGUGGAUCAUUUUUGUCCUACAUUAACACAUCUGCUGACCCACUGUAUGGCCCCCAGGGCCUGGCCCUGACUUCAGAUGGUCACGUUGUGGUUGCAGACUCUGGAAACCACUGUUUCAAGGUCUACCGGUACUUACAGUAGUGGUGGGCAGAUGGACCCCCCUCUCCCAAAGGUCUUGCACUAUGAACUGGAAGGGAUUUCUCAACGCGGGACCAGAUUACACUAGACUUUUCAUGCUAGAAGGAAGCAUUGGCGAACUUUCCAAGGUGAUUUCUGAAUGUAACAAUUUCCUUAAAAACUGCAUAUCUGAUUUCUGUAAUUCGCCUUUAGGGUUUGAAAGAAGGAAAUCCCUUCUACUGAAUCUUUGGAAAACGCAGCGUUUCACACCUGUGAACUAUGGCUUCUAGGACAGGGAUUUAUGUAGUUGAACUGAUUUUGCAAAUCAAACAAGCACUAAAAAAAACCUAGAAUAUUUAAAGGUGUUUGUUAAUCCCGUGAAUGGUAGCUUUUAUGCAGAGCCUCCAAAAACAAAACAAAAAACAAAACAAAAACAGAAUCUGUUGUACUUUAUUUAACUUCAGUUACAAGACCCGGGGGAUCUUCUAACCUCACUUUUACAGUCGGUCUUAACUCAUGUGACAUUUUUUUGGUUAUCAUUAACUACA